GUGGAAAGCAUUGAGUCGUAACAUACACAUCGAAAUAACUACCGGGUCUGCUUCACCCUAUGUUCUAAAAAUUGUAAUUAAAAAUGGUAGUGUAAGAUGGCGAAAAUUGUUCUUAGUUUAUCUGUUUUCGCUUUGUUUAACUCCGUUGUCGGAAAAACUGACUUCUGUUUUGGAUGUAGAGAUACUUCCGAUGCAGAGGGUAAAGAUAACUGUCAAAAACAAACAAAAGGGAUGCAUGGCCUGCAUUAUACUUAUAAGACUCAAUAUGGAAACAACAGUGAAGCCUUUUUAGCAAAAUACGGAGAAGAUCCAUUGAUAGAUGACUGUCGGCCAUACCACCAAUAUAAUAGGACACAUUGUUGUAUUGAAGAACUGGAAAGAUUAGGUACAAUCCAGUCUUACAUACGGAGAUGUUGCGAUGGGAAAGACUUUUCGAUACCACCAAAUGAUAUUCCACGUUUAAAGUUUAUUUCGGAUAACAAUCAGACAUUAUGUGCUUACUAUGAAAAUAAAGGAUUAGUUAUGUGUGCGACAAUGUGUGACGGUAACUUUUGUAAUGGACCGUCUCUGGCUGAAUCAGUCCAUAUUUAUUCCAUCGGAUUGAUGGUUUUCUGCUCUAUCAUUUUGGCAUUAUAUAUGACAUAAAAGUUAAUACAAAAAAUAUAUGUGGAACAAAUUAUUUAUCUAGAAAUUAAGAUUUAUGAAUUGGUUAAAUCUAGUACACAUUUAUCCCCUAAUCCAUGCAGUAAUACA